ACAACCUCAAAUAUCUGUUUUGUUGAAGAAGAAAGGAAUAUAUAGUAUGGCAGGGUUAGAGCAAUCAUUAUUCCAGUUGAAGUUUACUGCUAAACAGCUCAACAGACAGGCGGCCAAGGCAGCUAAAGAAGAGACUCAGGAAAAGGCCAAAACCAAAAAGGCAUUAACCCAAGGAAAUAAUGAUAUUGCACAACUAUACGCUCAAAAUGCUAUUCGUAAAAGUAAUGAACGAGUAAAUUUAUUACGAUUGGCAUCGAGAAUCGAUGCUGUUGCAUCCAGAGUCCAAACAGCAGUCACCAUGAGAUCAGUUACCGGUAACAUGUCUCAAGUUAUUAGAGGUAUGGAUAAAGCACUACAAACUAUGAAUUUGGAAAGAAUAUCGCUUGUAAUGGAUAAAUUCGAAAAUCAAUUUGAAGAUCUAGAUGCUUCAACAAACUACUACGAAAGUGCCACCAAUAAUGUGAAUGCUUUAACGACCCCACAAGAAGAAGUUGAUGAAUUAAUGAAUCAAAUUGCUGAUGAAGCCGGUAUCGAAAUGAAGCAAGGAUUAAAUGAAACCAAAGUGGACAUUGCCACUCCUCCUGCUGCAAACACCAUUUCCGAGGAAAAAGAGGAUAAGUUAGCCGAAAGAUUAAGAGCAUUAAGAAGUUAAAUAGUUCAAUAGCAACAAUUCUUCAUCAACCUGAUCUCUAACUCCUAUCACUGGAGUGUGUAGCCACCAAACAUCCGUACCUAUUCUCCCAUCCCUCGGAACUCGUGCUCGGAACUAGCGCAAACUCCGGUCCCGAAACCCUUCCGCU